CGGGAGAGAAAGAGAAUGGUAACGUAGAGAUCCGGUUAGCGGGAUUACUUGACGCCAAUUACCAACUGUACUACUUAAAUAAGAAUAUCAUCAAAAUGAUGAAGCUGAGCGAAACAAUGGCGUAGGUAGCCAAGUAUACGUUCGGAUGUGCGGUCUACGAAGAGUUUCGUCGACAUUUAAUCAAGGAUUGAAGAUUGAAUUGAAAUGUCGAACCGCGACCCGGACAACUUGAUGGAAACGAAUGACGAGCGAUUCGAUUAUCUGUUUAAGAUUGUGCUUAUCGGUGAUUGUGGUACGGGGAAAACAUGCGUCGUUCAGAGAUUUAGAUCUGGCACGUUCAUCGAGAAGCACGGCAAUACGAUCGGUGUCGACUUUUCCAUGAAAACCGUGCUGAUCGAUAACAAGAAAGUCAAGUUACAAAUAUGGGACACAGCUGGUCAGGAGAGAUUUCGUACUAUAACUCAAAGUUAUUACAGGUCUGCUAACGGUGUUAUCGUAGUUUACGAUAUUACAAAGAGAUCUACGUUUUUAAGUUUACAACAUUGGGUAGAAGAAGUGCGCAGGUAUUCUUCGUCGCACGUGUUAUUAGUCUUAGUUGGUAACAAAUGUGAUUUAGAAAAUUUGCGGGAAGUGGAGAAGGGCGAGGCAGAAGCUCUUUGUCAAUAUCUUCCCGAAGUGCUACAAGUCGUGGAGACAUCCGCCAAAGAGAAUACCAAUAUUGAUAACGUAUUUUUCUAUCUGGCGUCCGAGCUCAAGAGAAGACACGAAAAUCGCCAAAUAAACGCUAGCGAGGAUGAAACUGUAAAACUUGGCGGGGGUACGAAGUUAUCCUCCUGCUCGAGCUGUCCGUUUAAAAUAGUUUAAAACUCACAAGUCGAAAUUUGUAUAUAAAUCGAUCGAACGGUGUACAACAAUUUUUGAUAACAACUCGAUUAUUGAUAGAAGUGGAUCUUACUGCGGUAUCGAGCCAGGUAUUCCGUGUCGCGGUUUUAUCGGAUAUUUAGACAUCGCAUAAUUUUGUAAAUAACAAGCGUUUAGAUUUUACAAACACGAAAACGACGUACUUCAACGUAUUUAUAGACGCACUAGAAAUGGAUACUCUUAUUUAUUUGUAACAAAGCGAAUCUCAGAAAGCACACAAAUAAUAUAUUUUUUUAAACGAA